GUGACUGACAGCUUGGAUUGUCCAAUAAGAAGCCCGCCUGACCCGUGCAGCGUGGAGCCUUGUUUCUCUUCGGGCCAAUAGGAAGGGUUCAGGGGGGCGGGAUAGCAACCUGAACUUUAUCUGGACAUGUGACCCGCUUUUAAAAGGGCCAGCCCUCCAGCUGGCCCACUCCCCCUCUGGGCUUUCGCCCGCCCUCUCUCCCUCCCUUUCUUGCCCGCUCUGGCCCUGCCCCUGCCCCCUCCUUUCAGCCCCUCCGCGCCCGGGGUGUCAUUGGGCCCGGGAGACUGGAGCCAACUUCAGGCUGCUCAGAGGAAGCCCGUGCAGUCAGUCACCUGGGUGCAAGAGCGUUGCUGCCUCGGGCUCUCCCUCUGCAGGGAGAGCGGCACUCGCUGGCCUGGAUGUGGUUGGAUUUAGGGGGGCUCCGCAGCAGGGGUUUCGUGGCGGUGGCAAGCGCUGCAACAGGUAGACGGCGACAGACGGACCCCGGCCGAGGCAGUGAUGGAGACCAAAGGCUACCACAGUCUCCCUGAAGGUCUAGAUAUGGAAAGACGGUGGGGUCAAGUUUCUCAGGCUGUGGAGCAUUCUUCCCUGGGACCUACAGAGAGGACUGAUGAGAAUAACUACAUGGAGAUUGUCAACGUAAGCUGUGUUUCCGGUGCUAUUCCAAACAACAGUACUCAAGGAAGCAGCAAAGAAAAACACGAACUACUCCCUUGCCUUCAGCAAGACAAUAAUCGGCCUGGGAUUUUAACAGCUGAUAUUAAAACUGAGCUGGAAUCUAAGGAACUUUCAGCAACUGUAGCUGAGUCCAUGGGUUUAUAUAUGGAUUCUGUAAGAGAUGCUGACUAUUCCUAUGAACAGCAGAACCAGCAAGGAAGCAUGAGUCCAGCUAAGAUUUAUCAGAAUGUUGAACAGCUGGUGAAAUUUUACAAAGGAAAUGGCCAUCGUCCUUCCACUCUAAGUUGUGUGAACAGGCCCUUGAGAUCAUUUAUGUCUGACUCUGGGAGCUCCAUGAAUGGUGGCGUCAUGCGUGCCAUUGUUAAAAGCCCUAUCAUGUGUCAUGAGAAAAGCCCGUCUGUUUGCAGCCCUCUGAACAUGACAUCUUCAGUUUGCAGCCCUGCUGGAAUCAACUCUGUGUCCUCCACCACAGCCAGCUUUGGCAGUUUUCCAGUGCACAGCCCAAUCACCCAGGGAACUCCUCUGACAUGCUCUCCUAAUGUUGAAAAUCGAGGCUCCAGGUCGCACAGCCCUGCACAUGCUAGCAACGUGGGCUCUCCUCUCUCAAGUCCGUUAAGUAGCAUGAAAUCCUCAAUUUCCAGCCCUCCAAGUCACUGCAGUGUAAAAUCUCCAGUCUCCAGUCCCAAUAACGUCACUCUGAGAUCCUCUGUGUCUAGCCCUGCAAAUAUCAACAACUCAAGGUGCUCUGUUUCCAGCCCUUCCAACACUAAUAACAGAUCCACGCUUUCCAGUCCGGCAGCCAGUACUGUGGGAUCUAUCUGUAGCCCUGUAAACAAUGCCUUCAGCUACACUGCUUCUGGCACCUCUGCUGGAUCCAGUACAUCACGGGAUGUGGUUCCCAGUCCAGACACACAGGAGAAAGGUGCUCAAGAGGUCCCUUUUCCUAAGACUGAGGAAGUAGAGAGUGCCAUCUCAAAUGGUGUGACUGGCCAGCUUAAUAUUGUCCAGUACAUAAAACCAGAACCAGAUGGAGCUUUUAGCAGCUCAUGUCUAGGAGGAAAUAGCAAAAUAAAUUCGGAUUCUCCAUUCUCAGUACCAAUAAAGCAAGAAUCAACCAAGCAUUCAUGUUCGGGCACCUCUUUUAAAGGGAAUCCAACAGUAAACCCAUUUCCAUUUAUGGAUGGCUCAUAUUUUUCUUUUAUGGAUGAUAAAGACUAUUAUUCCCUAUCAGGAAUUUUAGGACCACCUGUGCCCGGCUUUGAUGGUAACUGUGAAGGCAGCGGAUUCCCAGUGGGUAUUAAACAAGAACCAGAUGAUGGGAGCUAUUACCCGGAGGCCAGCAUCCCUUCCUCUGCCAUUGUUGGAGUGAAUUCAGGUGGACAGUCCUUCCACUACAGGAUUGGUGCUCAGGGUACAAUAUCUUUAUCGCGAUCGGCUAGAGACCAAUCUUUCCAACACCUGAGUUCCUUUCCUCCUGUCAAUACUUUAGUGGAGUCAUGGAAAUCACAUGGUGACCUGUCGUCUAGAAGAAGUGAUGGGUAUCCAGUCUUAGAAUACAUUCCAGAAAAUGUAUCAAGCUCUACUUUACGAAGUGUUUCUACUGGAUCUUCAAGACCUUCAAAAAUAUGUUUGGUGUGUGGGGAUGAGGCUUCAGGAUGUCAUUAUGGGGUAGUCACCUGUGGCAGCUGCAAAGUUUUCUUCAAAAGAGCAGUGGAAGGGCAACACAACUAUUUAUGUGCUGGAAGAAAUGAUUGCAUCAUUGAUAAGAUUCGACGAAAGAAUUGUCCUGCUUGCAGACUUCAGAAAUGUCUUCAAGCUGGAAUGAAUUUAGGAGCACGAAAGUCAAAGAAGUUGGGAAAGUUAAAAGGGAUUCACGAGGAGCAGCCACAGCAGCAGCAGCCCCCACCCCCACCCCCACCCCCGCAAAGCCCAGAGGAAGGGACAACGUACAUCGCUCCUGCAAAAGAACCCUCCGUCAACACAGCACUGGUUCCUCAGCUCUCCACCAUCUCACGAGCACUCACACCUUCCCCUGUUAUGGUCCUUGAAAACAUUGAACCCGAAAUUGUGUAUGCAGGCUAUGACAGCUCAAAACCAGAUACGGCCGAAAAUCUGCUCUCCACGCUCAACCGCUUAGCAGGCAAACAGAUGAUCCAAGUCGUGAAGUGGGCAAAGGUACUUCCAGGAUUUAAAAACUUGCCUCUUGAGGACCAAAUUACCCUAAUCCAGUAUUCUUGGAUGUGUCUAUCAUCAUUUGCCUUGAGCUGGAGAUCAUACAAACACACGAACAGCCAAUUUCUCUAUUUUGCACCAGACCUAGUCUUUAAUGAAGAGAAGAUGCAUCAGUCUGCCAUGUAUGAACUAUGCCAGGGGAUGCACCAAAUCAGCCUUCAGUUCGUUCGGCUGCAGCUCACUUUUGAAGAAUACACCAUCAUGAAAGUUUUGCUGCUACUAAGCACAAUUCCAAAGGAUGGCCUCAAAAGCCAGGCUGCAUUUGAAGAAAUGAGGACAAAUUACAUCAAAGAACUAAGGAAGAUGGUAACUAAGUGUCCCAACAAUUCUGGGCAGAGCUGGCAGAGGUUCUACCAACUGACCAAGCUGCUGGACUCUAUGCAUGACCUGGUGAGCGACCUGCUGGAAUUCUGCUUCUACACCUUCCGAGAGUCCCAUGCACUGAAGGUAGAGUUCCCCGCAAUGUUGGUGGAGAUCAUCAGCGACCAGCUGCCCAAGGUGGAGUCGGGGAAUGCCAAGCCACUCUACUUCCACCGGAAGUGACUGCCCGCUGCCCGGAAGAACUUUGCCUUAAGUUUCCCCGUGUUGUUCCACACCCAGAAGGACCCAAGAAAACCUGUUUCUAACAUGUGAUGGUUGAUUCACACUUGUUUCUCAAGUUUAAAGUCAUGUCAGAGGUUUGGAGCCGGGAAAGCUGUUUUUCCAUGGAUUUGGCGAGACCAGAGCAGUCUGAAGGAUUCCCCCACUCCAAUCCCCCAGCGCUUAGAAACAUGUUCCUGCUCCUCGGGAUGAAAAGCCAUAUCUAGUCAAUAACUCUGAUUUUGAUAUUUUCACAGAUGGAAGUUUUAACUAUGCCAUGUAGUUUCUGGUAUUGUUUGCUUGUUUUAAAAGGGUUCAAGGACUAACGAACUUUUUAAAGCUUACCCUUGGUUUGCACAUAAAACGUAUAGUCAAUAUGGGGCAUUAAUAUUCUUUUGUUAUUUAAAAAACACAAAAAAUUAAAAAAUAUAUACAGAUUCCUGUUGUGUAAUAACAGAACUCGUGGCAUGGGGUGGCAGCCCCCUCUGAGCCCUUGCUCGUCCACGGUCUUCUGCAUCACUGGUAUACACACUCGUUAGCGUCCAUUUCUUAUUUAAUUAGAAUGGAUAAGAUGUUAAAUGCCUUGGUUUGAUUUCUAGUAUCUAUUGUGUUGGCUUUACAAAUAAUUAAUUUUUUGCAGUCUUUUGCUGUGCUGUACAUUACUGUAUGUAUAAAUUAUGAAGGACCUGAAAUAAGGUAUAAGGAUCUUUUGUAAAUGAGACACAUACAAAAACAAAAUCUUUAAUGGUUAAUAGGAUGAAUGGGAAAGUAUUUUUGAAAGAAUUCUAUUUUGCUGGAGACUAUUUAAGUACUAUCUUUGUCUAAACAAGGUAAUUUUUUUUUUGUAAAGUGCAAUGUCCUGCAUGCAUAAUGAACCGUUUACAGUGUAUUUAAGAAAGGGAAAGCUGUGCCUUUUUUAGCUUCAUAUCUAAUUUACCAUUUUACAGUCUCUGUUGUAAAUAACCACACUUAAACCUCUUCGGUUGUCUUGAAGCCUUUCUACUUUUUCUGUACUUUUUGUUUUGUUCUUGGUCUCCUGCUUGGGGCAUUUGUGGGACUCCAGCACAUUUUCCGGCUUCUGCUUUAUCCUACUCCAUCGGGGAAUGACACACUGCGUGCGGUGUCUGCAGCUCCUGGAAGGUGUCAUUUGACAACACACGUGGGAGGAGGUGGUCCUGGGAGUGCUGCAGCUUCAGGAAAGCUGCCUUGUUCCCCUUUUCCUCCAGAAGCAGAACCAGCUCGAGGAGAGAGAGACUGGGAACUAGAUGGCUCAGAGAGCCUCUUUUCCUCCCCUUUUAGAAAAUAAAUUUUCUUCUGUGGGAAAAAGAAAUUCCAUGCACUCUCUCUGUUAAAGAUCAGCUAUUCCCUUCUGAUCUUGGAAAGGGGUUCUGCACUCCUGGAACCAGUCACAGGAACACACAGAUCAUGGCAGGAUGCGCUGGGACGGCCCAUCUUGGCAAGGUUCAGUCUGAAUGGCGUGGAGACCGGGAGAUAGAUAGAGGGGUUUUAGAUUUUUAAAAGGUAGGUUUUAAAAAUAAAUUUUAUACAUAAACAGUUUUGGAGAAAAACUACAGAUCAUAUAAGCCAGACAGGGGCACUAAAAUUUUUAAUUCAUUAAUCUGUUCGGCACUGAUGCAAUUUAUGGCUUUUCUCUUGCCCCAAAUCACAAACAUGUAUCUUUGGGGAAACUAACAAUAUGAUUGCACUAAAUAAACUACUUUGAAUAGAGGCCAAAUUAAUCUUUUAAAAGUGAUGAUAAUCAUCAGGUUUACUCAGUGAAAUCAUAUUAUUUUCCAAAAUCUAAAAGCUGUAGCUGGAGAAGCCCAUGGCCAGGAAGAAGCAGCAAUUGGAUCGACACUUUUCUCCAGGGUUCACCAUGCAGGCAACAUUACCUUGUCUUUCAAAAGACACCUGCCUUGUGCAAGGGGAAACCUGUGAAAGCUGCACUCAGAGGGAGGAGUUUUUCUUACAUAAUUUACAAUUUCAGGAAUUUAAUUUAUAGGCAGAUCUUUAAAUACAGUCAACUUACAUGCACAGCAAUAUGAAAGCCACAUUUUGAAGGUAAUAAAUACACAGCAUGCAGACUGGGAGUUGCUAGAAAACAAAUGACUUACUUAACAAAAGCAGCUUUUAGUUCAGACUAGUUUUUAUAAAAUGGGAAUUCUGACUUAACCAGGUUUGGGAUGGAGAUGGUCUGCAUCAGCUUUUUGUAUUAACAAAGUUAACUGGCUCUUUGUGUGUCUCCAGGUAACUUUGCUUGAUUAAACAGCAAAGCCAUAUCCUAAAUUCACUGUUGAAUGCCUGUCCCAGUCCAAAUUGUCUGUCUGCUCUUAUUUUUGUACCAUAUUGCUCUUAAAAAUCUUGGUUUGGUACAGUUCAUAAUUCACCAAAAGUUCAUAUAAUUUAAAAAAAAAAACACUAAAUUAGUUUAAAAUGAAGCAAUUUAUAUCUUUAUGCAAAAACAUAUGUCUGUCUUUGCAAAGGACUGUAAGCAGAUUACAAUAAAUCCUUUACUUUAAUCA